CUGCCAGGCAAAACCGCAUGGAAAAUGCAUCAGAUUUAACAGGCAGUUACGCACCAGUUCAGAGCAACUUUCCCAGCCAAUUAUCUUCAAGGCCCCCACGCUAUCUGUGUUUAUGAAUGUCCAAGCCCCAGCAUUCUUUGGUGCUUGUGAAGGAACGCGAGUUUCAUUUCAAGCCGACCAUUUUCUGCCAAGCUGCCCCUACCUUCUACUUCAAAAUCCAGCAACAGUACCAGUAGAAUGAUGAAAGGACAGAUGCACAACAUGCAAUCGGUCCUCCUCAUGUGUGUGCUGACUGUAUUGACAUUGCAUACAUCAGAUGGACAGCACUUGACAGAUGAGACCUGUACUGUCCAGAUUCUUGUCCCAGGACUCAAAGGUGAACCAGGGGAGAAAGGACCAAAGGGAGCCCCGGGAAGACCGGGGAGAGUAGGCCCUCCAGGGGAAACUGGUCAACCUGGACUUCAAGGACAGAAAGGCAUUAUGGGACGUUAUGGAAAGGUGGGCCCAAGUGGAAUGAAAGGUGUAAAAGGAGACAUGGGGGAUCCUGGACCAAAAGGCCCAGAUGGAGAGCCAGGCGUCCCAUGUGAGUGCUCACCUAUAAGAAAAAUGAUUGGAGAAAUGGACAACAUUGUGGCCCAACUAUCCUCUGAACUGAAAUUCAUCAAAAAUGCUGUCGCUGGCAUAAAGGAGACAGACAGUAAGGUCUAUCUGUUGGUGAAGGAGGAGAAACGAUACACUGAUGCUGAGCUCUACUGCCAGGCGAGGGGAGGGCACCUGGCCAUGCCCAAAGAUGAGGGAGCCAACUCGGCUCUCGCGGGGUACAUUACAGGGAUGGGUCUGGACAGAGUCUACGUUGGCAUUCAUGACCUGGACGUGGAAGGGAUUUUCAUUUAUGUGGACCGCUCUCCCAUGUCCAUUUUCAGCAAAUGGGGAAAAGGGGAGCCCAGUAAUGCUUACGAUGAUGAGGACUGUGUUGAGAUGGUGGCCUCGGGCGACUGGACAGAUGUAGCGUGCCAUGUUACAAAGUAUUUUGUAUGUGAAUUUGACAAGGACACUGUCUGAGUUCCGAUAAUACUGGCUAAGAUGGACGAGACCAGAUUUGAAAAAUAAAUAUCACUUGAUAAUGAGAAUCCCAUUGUAAAUGCCAUAACAGACAUGAGAAGUUUGUCACAGGUCUGUGAUCUAUUUGUGGUUUUGUAUGGCGGUGAGAAGGGGGGGGUGCAUAAUGCCAUGACGCAUAAUUCCAGCCAGAAUUAAAAUUUACAAAAACUAUGACAAAAAAAGCGGCUAAUCUAACUGUGGCCAUCCAAAUUUAUUCAUAAAUAAAUAGAUGUAUGGUAUGGGAAACACUGCUAUGUAAAGUAUAUGAGUUUAGAUAAGACA